UUUUUCUGGCUAACAAAUAAUGAGAUUGUUGGUCCUCCUCUUCCUCCUCCUCCUCCUCCUCCUCCUCCUCCUCCUCCGUGCACUGAGGUCUUGCACAGGCAGCACCCGGCUGUUGGACCUCAAACUGCUUCCCACAGAGCCAACAGAGGGAGUUCAGGGAGGAGUUGUGCCGGCUGCUUUGGAUUCUUUCAGCAGAGACAUGAGACUGGAGAUGAGCCGGCGCUGAGACAAACAGACAUGGACAAACAGAAAGUUCUAGCUAAGCUGAUCUGGGACCUGCAGUCCUUCCUGACGGUUCUGGACUCAGAGAACCUGAGCUACAUCGCUCAGGCUCAGAAGAAAUCGAUCUCAGAGCUUCUUUCCAAACUGCAGACUCCAGACGCUCCAGUGGAGGACGCGGAGUACAUGGUGAUGAGCUGUCCAUCGUCGUCUCCAAGCAACGAGCAUGUGGACGCCCCGGGGACAGAAGGAGUUUGGUCUUCAGAGCUGGUCUCACAGCAGGACCCGUCCGCCUGGCUCAGGAACAGGAUGCAGGGCCCCACCGUUCCUCCUCACCCCCCCGGUGGGCUUGCGGGUGAUGAUGAUGAGGAUACCUACGAGGAGGCAGAACCUUACGUACCGGCAGAAAGCACUGUGUCCAACACAGAGAGGGCGGAGUCAGAGAGCAGCCACUAUGAGUCGUAUGGUGAGGAAGAUGAUGAUGAUGAAGGAGAUAGUCUGGUGAAGGACAGAGCACACUAUAUCCAGUGGAGCACCUCACAGAUCUGUCUGCGGCCCGCUCCAGAGUCCCGCCUCUGUGGAUACCUGUGGAGGAGGAGGUGGCUCGGACAGUGGAGCAAACAGCUCUUCAUCAUCAAGAAUGACAUGCUGCUGUGUUAUAAAUUUGCUCGGGACCUGCUGCCCCAGCUGGAGUUGAACCUUCAUGGCUGUCAGUCCUUUUAUAAGUCCAAGAGCCACGCCAAGAUCCAGCACCAGCUCAAACUGGUCCCAGUGGGCUCAGAGUCUCUGGUUCUGGGCUACAGCAGCUUCCAGCAGGCUGACGAGUGGAGAAGGGUGAUAGAAGAGGUGAGCACCGAAGGUGAGGUGGAGACGCAGAGCUUCUCCUCUCUCAGUAAAUCGGAUCAGCGGCUGUCUUGCAGGUCCAGCGAAGUCCAGACUGACUCUGAUGAGGAGAAACUUUCAGCUUUCCAUGACACCAACAAAGAUAAAGGGUUCCUGAAUGUUCUGAUGAACUGUCAGUGGCAGAACUUACUGUGUCAGGUUGAGGGUGGAGUCCUCAACAUGUUCGGAGAGGACAUUGAGAAACAGGAGGAAGGGGAGAGGCGGUCGCCUCAGUACACGGUCCAACUCAGAGGCUGCGAGGUCGGAGCUGGGGCAGACAAAGGCCACGCCAACAGGAUCUCACUGAGCAUGCUCGGUGACCAGGUAGCUGUGCUGGAGGUGAGCUCAUCAGAGGAAAAACAAAAAUGGCUGAAGCUGUUGCAGGACGGGGCUGCUGGUCAUGGUUGUCCAGACAAAAACACUCAGGAGCAAACAGGAACUGCCCUGAGCGGCCUGCAAACUCGCAGAUUUCCCGCCUCCAACACCUACAUGGACGAUCCCUUCUGCCUGAGCAGAACCAUCAGAAACCAGCCCGUCUACUCCAACUCCUCCUUAUUGGAACCCAUGCUUCACAGCUCUCAGGAUUCAGUUCACCGUAACUCCAUGUCCUCCAGGGACUCUGUGACCUACAGCAACACGGUUCUAAGCGGCGGCAGCAACACAAAGGCAGCAGCAGUGCAGCGCGACGUCCAGAAACUGAAGCUGGUUGACGCACCGACGGUGCAGCUGAGAACCGGUUCUGAAGCCAACCUGGUGUCCGCUGUGAGGCGAAACAAACGCACCUCCUUCAGGCAGUCUCUGGCCAUCUGCACUGAGCGUGCUCAGGCGGGUUUCCUGAACCCUUUGCUGCGACGGACGGCCUCCGCUAAAAACUCGCUGCGGCGAGCUCCUUCGGCGCUCUUCAUUGAACACGGAAAGGUUUUCCAAAGGAAAAAGGAAUGGGAGACCAAAGCUGCAGCCUGAUGUCCUCCAUCAGGUCCACCAUCUACAGCCUGACAGGAAAAUCAGCGUCACUAAAAGGCCUCGGAGAAGCUCUCUGCUCGGAUUGGUCACUUGGACUUAAACACCGUUUUUACACACCGAAGAAACCAGGUUUUCUCUUUAAGGGAUUUUCAGAUUCAAAUGUUCAUUUUCCUCAGGAUCAGAAAAACCUUCAACUUUUCUUGAGCGCGUCCCUUUAAGGCCGCCGUCCAUCUACUUCUGAUUGGAGAAUAUUUAAAUCCCAGUGAGGAGCUGGGAACAGAUGAUUACUGGGAACACUGAUUAGCGAUGAACAGAGGCUAACGGCCCCGGCUGCCAUGGGCCCCGGCUGCCAUGGGCCCCGGCUGCCAUGGGCCCCGGCUGCCAGGGGCCCCGGCUGCCAUGGGCCCCGGCUGCCAGGGGCCCCACAGGGACACAUGAAUAAACCUCUACUUGUGCUGGUACGUAUUCGGCACAUAAUACAGAAAUGUUCCAAACGGUGAUAAAUGCUAAUGCUAGUCAAUAACAGGAACCUGAUGCUGUUGGUUAAAGAGGGUAUGGCAACCCCAUUAAUUAU